CUAUAGAACACAUUGUGCUGACCAGACAAGAGUUUUGUGAGUCACACACAAAGCCCUGAUCCAUGCCGGGUCUAUAAAGAGAUCCUGACCUCAGAAAUGGUUUGGUCCGCUCAGAGAACAGUCACAAUGGGCAAGAUUACUUUCUUUGAAGACAAAAACUUCCAGGGCCGUCACUAUGAGUGCACUGGAGACUGCGCUGACAUGCAGGCCCACUUUUCUCGCUGCAACUCCAUCCGAGUAGAAAGUGGAAGCUGGAUGGCCUAUGAGAAGCCCAACUAUGCUGGAUACCAGUACAUGCUCUCCAAGGGUGAAUACCCCGAUUUCCAGCACUGGGCUGGAUUCAACGACUGCAUUCGUUCCUGUCGCUUGGUUCCUCCUUACACUGGAAACUACAGGAUGAAGAUCUUUGAGCGCUCCGAUUUUGGUGGUCAGGCAAUGGAGCUGAAUGAAGAUUGCCCUGACCUGCGUCAGCGAUUCCACAAAGGAGACAUCUCUUCAGCCAAUGUUAUGGAAGGCUACUGGAUCCUCCAUGAGCACCCCAACUACACUGGCCGCCAGUUCUUCCUGCGCCCUGGCGAAUACAGGAGGUACGUCGAGUGGGGCAGUCCAAGUCCUACCAUGGGCUCCCUGAGACGUGUGACUGACGUCAACUGAAGAUCCAAAUCACACAACCACCUCUCCCAAAUGUGUCAACAGCACUGCCUGUCCAUGCAGCAACUACGUCUGACCUUCAAUCACCUUGAUGUGAUUAGGCCUGUGGAUCUGUCAUGCUGAAUGUAUUUGUGAUGCUUGAUUUAUUCUGGCACAAAUGCCUCACUUAAUUAGGGCUAUUUGUCUCUUUUAACACUGUUGACUGAGCAAACUGUGUUUUAUCAGCACCUUUCCCUUCCCAACUACAACUGGAAAUAAAGUAAAAUUUGAUUAAAAUAAAAAAAAAAAAA